AUGCUUCGCUACCUAAAGGAUCGAAGUAACCAUUUACGAUAUGACGGUGGGCUGUGCUUCGAGAUACCACAAUGGCAACACCAACCUGUUGAGGUGGAGGAACAUCUAAAUAAGCUGAAAGAUGUUUUAAGAAAAAGAACUGAGGGAAGUCAGUUCAGAAAAUCAAGUUUAGUAUUAGUUAACAAUGAAAUAAACCGUUACAUGUCUACGGUGAUUGCGCCAUUUCUCGACACUUACCAUCGGAGUAUCCAAAAUUCUUACCAACAAUCGACACGUUAUAUACUGAAACAAAUAAAAGACGAAAUUAUGGCCGCCAUAAGAGAGAAACAAAAGAUUUAUAAAAAACUGAUUGAUCUAGCGGACACAUUGAAAGUUCCAGAGAUGUGUGAUGAAGAACGCCGUGCCGCACGUACCCUGGCCAGUAAGCAUGUGGCCCGCACCUUCGAAUGCACAGAGGAAGCCAGGGAAUCUAUCACCGAAAUGGGAGAAUAUGCUGAAGAAAUGAUCAAUAUCACUAAAACCCACAUGCAAGUAGCAGUCGCUGACGCUACCCAACAUUUGGAUGAGACUAUUCCAAAAGCAAAUGUUACGAUGUGCCUACGUGAAAUAUCACGGGCGGCUGCUUCUCUUGGCUACGAGUUGGAUCUCAGUAAGACAAACGCACUUAAACACAAAGUACAGACCUGCGAGAAACUAGCCAACUGCUGCGAAAAAGUGCGCAUCAACACCGCCAAAGAAGUUAAAGCUUUAACCGAAUAUCUAUAUCAAUGUGUUUAUGCUUAA